UUUUGGUCGGAGAGUAUCGUCAAGUUUUCGCCGGAGAAUUCAUCACGUAGUAAUCUUCAACAUCUGAAAUUCAAAAUGCCUCGAGGUAGCUCCGGAGGAAGAUCUGGUUACCGUCCUCCUCGUUCUUCUCGCCCUGCAGCUGCUCGAAGCCCACCUCCUCAAACUGUUAAUCGUGCUCCUCCUCCAGCAACAGCUCAGCCUAGUGAAGGUGGUAUCUUUAGGAAUAUCCGCGCUACCAUAGUUGAUGGUUUUGCUUUUGGUGCUGGAAAUGCAGUUUCACACAGGGUUGUGGAUUCUGUGAUGGGUCCACGAACCUUCAAGCACGAAACCGUUGUUUCUCAGGCUGCUCCUGCUUCCCCUGUUGCAACUAGCAUGAGUGCUUGUGACAUUCACUCCAAGGCUUUCCAAGAUUGCGUCAACCAUUUUGGAAGCGACAUCAGUAAGUGCCAGUUCUACAUGGACAUGCUGAGUGAAUGCAAGAAGAAUUCUGAAAGAUCAUCAUCUUCAUCCCGUAGCUCGUCUCCUCGGACUGAAAGAAGAUCUUCCUCUAGCCCUCGGCCAGCAGCUGCACGCAGCCCGUCUCGUGAAACUUCCGAAAGAUCUACUCCGCCUACAUAUAGGACUAGUAGCGAUGAUGAUUAUAAUCUGUUUGGAGGAAUAUUUCGAGGUAUGCGUAGCGAUGAUCAAGAUACUAGCGAUGAUGGGGAUGGGGGUACUAGCCAUGGCGAAACUCUAUUUGGGGACACGGUUCGAACUCUAUUGUGCCCACCACCCCCUGUGGUCUCUGAGCCUGUGGCAGGUCUUGUUAGUCCAUGUCACACUCAAUCCAAAGCUCUCCAAGAUUGCCUCAACGAUUUUGAUACAGACAUCAAUAAGUGCCAGCUCUACAUGAACACAUUGUCUCGGUGCAAGAAGAAUUCUGAUACCAAGUUGUACCCUGUGGUUCGAGGUAGUAGCGAUGAUCGGGCUAGUAGCGAUAAUAAUGAUUUGGUUAGAUCCGCAGCUAUGUUGUGCCCACGAACCGUCGUGGGCUCUGAGGUUUCCUCUAUAGCCCCUGUUGCAGCUCCCGUUAGUAUAUGUGCCACUCAAGACAAAAUUUUCCAAGAUUGCCUUAACGAUUAUGAAACAGACAUCACUAGACGGAGUUUCCGAUCUGAUGCGGCGCUCGAAGCCAUAACCAAUGCGUUAGAAGAGAAAGUACCAAACUUAGUGCUAUACAAUUAUCCUUCCUACUCCGGCGCUUUUUCAGCUCUCUUCGCUCAUCUCUACUACUCUCGCCUCCGUCUUCCUUGUCUCAUAUUACCCUUUUCUUCCGUCAUACCCUUCAGGAUUGAAGAUUUGUGUUUGGAGGGGUUCGAGAGAUGUUAUCUGCUUGAUUUUGUUGUUCCCAAAGAUCUUGCUUGCCAAAAAACAGCUUGCGAGAACUCGGCAUUGACAAGGAUUGGCUCAAUAAAGGAAGAGCAGAAGAAGAGGCUUAAGAUUUAUGUUGAUACCGAAACCAGUAGCUCAAAGGCUGUGUAUAAGUAUUUCUCCAGUAAACUCACAUAUCAAAGAUCUUCCGAGGUAGAAGCUCUCAGUUUGCUAAGUGUAGAAGACAAAACUCGGGUUGAAUCGGUUCUUGAUUACAUUGAGGAUAUCGAUCUUCGACGAUGGAUGUUACCAGAUAUCAAAGCUUUCAGCUUUGGUCUUAAGGACUGGCGCUCAAGGAUCAAUUGUAUCACUAAUCCUUACAUGUACGAACAGUUGUUGAAAAUAAGUUCGGCGGAUCUCAUUGCUUAUGGGAAUUCAUAUUUUUCAUCUCGUCUUAUUGAUGCAAAGAAACUGCUAAAGCUGAAUAAAGCUUUCAAGAUCAGAUUGGGAAGAGGGUUAUAUGGAGAGUGCCUGGGAAUGCGCGCAGAUGGUAACCAUCAACUAAGCGAUGAACUUGGCAAGCUUCUUAGUCUACAAAGUUCUGCAGCUGGUCUCAGGCCAAUAGGAGCUAUUACAUUUAUGCAAAGGAAUAAUCUCAAAAUGUGCUUGAGAAGUACCGAUGUUAUAACCGAUACAUCCGAAGUUGCUAAGGCUUAUGGAGGAGGUGGAACAUCUAGUUCAAGCUCGUUUAUCAUAAGAAUGGAUGAAUAUAAUCAAUGGAUUUCGACGCUUUGACCAUGAAAAUACUCCUCCACGAGCUCAUAUCUAUGGAAUUUUGGCAUUGUGAAAGACAUUGGACUUUGGAAGUCAAUAUCUAGUGACAAGUUUGGUGAUCACAAAGGGCUGAUUGAUAAAGUAUUGAAGAUUGA